UCUCACAGACUCUCUCUCUCUGACACACACACACACACACACUCCACAUCAUCUAAUCGGACCGGACUCGAUGUUUCUCACGGUGGAGAUGAAGGCGUCGCCACGGUGACUCCGUCAGCACUGUGAUUUGCUGGUUCCGCUGGUUGUCAUGGCGAAGAGUGCAGAGGUCAAGCUUGCCGUGUUCGGGAGAGCCGGAGUGGGGAAGUCAGCUCUGGUGGUUCGGUUCCUGACCAAGAGGUUCAUCUGGGAGUACGACCCGACACUCGAGUCCACCUAUCGCCACCAGGCCGUUAUUGACGACGAGACGGUCAGCAUGGAGAUUCUGGACACAGCCGGACAGGAGGACGUCCUGCAGAAGGAGGCUCACAUGCGCUGGGGCGACGGCUUCAUCCUCGUCUAUGACAUCACGGACCGCGGGAGCUUCGAGGACGUGGCUCCUCUUAAAGGGCUCCUGGACGAGGUGAAGCGGCCCAAACACGUGCCUCUGGUGCUGCUGGGGAACAAGGCGGACCUGGACCUGGGGCGGCAGGUGGCCACGGAGGAGGGCGAGCGGCUGGCGGCCGACAUGGCGUGUGCGUUCUACGAGUGUUCUGCGUGUGCGGACCGGGUCGGGUCGGGCGGAGGCGUGGCUGAGGCGUUUCACGAGCUCCUGCGAGAGAUCCGGCGCCGGCGGGCCGUCCAGGGCAAGACCCGCAGACGCAGCUCAACCACACACGUCAAACAGGCCAUCAACAAGAUGCUCACCAAGAUCAGCAGCUGAACACACACACACACACACACAAAUGGUCAAAUGAUGACAGUAGAUCUGAAGUAUGAGAUCAAAAAGUCAAAAUUGAGAUCAAAAGUCAGAACUGAUUCUGAUUUCCUGAAGUGCACUGUGGGUAAUGCUGCUCUCACUCAUCUGGAGGAACAUCUACACACUCUUACAUUAAGAAGCAUUCACUAGAGGAGGAAUAUGAUGGAAGAAAUUAUAACAAAACUAAAGUAAACAAGUUACAGUGACUCUCACCUCAGCUCAGAACUAGAUCAAAAUAAAGUAUGAGAUCAUAAAGACAUAAUUCAGAUUAAAAAUCAUAAUGUGUCUGGAUUUUGUCCUCAUAAAAAAAGUAAAUUGAGUUUUUUAAUUCACGUUUUACAGAGGAGAAUGUGUCCGAACACUAAUCUUAAUCCAACGAGAAAAAUGAUAUUUAUUCGAAUACAAAACCAUUAUUAAGAUAUCAUGUGUUGUAUAAUUCUGCUCAUCUUCCAGUAAAUGCUUCUUGAUGUAGAGUUUUAGAUAUUUGGACUGAAAAGUGAGAGUGAGAAAAGCAUUUUCCCAGUGUGAUUGUUUUAUAUAUGUGUUAAUAAAUAAAUAAAUAUAUAUAGAUAUAUAAUGAAUGCCGAUACAGAUGUGUCGCUCGUAUCAGUUAAUGCAUUAAUAAUGUUCAUUAAUGUGACCGUACGGUAAAGUGUUUCAGAUGAUAUUGAGUUUUUCUUUUCAAUUAAGAUUAUUUCUUGGA